GGUUUAACCCCUUCGAGAUUCUACACCCUCCCAACUCGGAAAAAGAAGACAUACGAGUACCCUUCUCUAGACCGUCGGACACUCCACAGAGGAUCCCAAGAGCUCCUUCCCCCUAAGAAACCUCCCAGAACAUUUGCUGCUGCUCCAAAGUCAUCCAUCUUUGACAUCUUCAAAAAGAACAAGAGUACAGAGCCAAAGAAAUCAAACUUGAGACGGAGCGUCAGUGAUGUAUCGAGUCAUAAAUCUAAGGAUGAACAUCGAGUAAAUGUGAAACUGCUCGCAAGCGAGGCUGAAAAUAAAAAACAACUUUCUCCAAUUAUUGAGGUGACUCCGAGAGAAGAUUAUUUUGAUCCUGAGAUCGAAGGUAACAGGGAAGAUGAUGAAAUUGAUGUAAAAGCACCUGCAAGGAAAAAGAAGAAACAAAGUAUAACUGAGAAGCUCAAACAAUUCAUUGAUGAGGUAGAUGAGGAGCUAUAUAAAGAGACUGGAGUUAGACCUCUACCAGCGGAUGAACCUAAGAAAGCAAAAGAUCCACAACCUAUCAUCAUAGAUGUAGAUAAAGCAGAAAAGAUAUCAGGGCGAAAAAAGAAAUUCAAAGCAUCGCUACUAGGAAAGAAAUUCAAAGUUAAAAGGAACAAAAAGAACAAAACAAAUGAGGCAACCAAGCUCAAGAAAACCCUCCUCGAGAAGCCAGAACCUCCCAAGGAGGCAGAAGAGGAAACCAUAGAUACGAGGACAGCAGAGUGUCUUCCAACCACUCCUUCUCUAAAGAUAAAGAAAGCCAUUGAAACGUUGGAACACUCAACCAACCAAUCAACCAUGAUACAUAGCAGCCAGAAGCCUGCAGAUAAGCUGCCUUUGACCAAAGGUCGAACGGUUGAUCCAAUGGUCAAGAGGCUGAGCAAAGAUGCUAGCUCAUCCCCACCACCGAAGCCCAAUGUCAUGGUGACCCCACAUGUUUCUGUGCAACACAACAACAACCAACCGUUUUCCUAUACCAGAGGAUUGAGCCCAGAUAAAUAUACUGAGAAUGUCCAAAGUCCCGGAAGUCCAAUCAUAUACGCACAAGUUGUAUGCGGUAACAACACCAACGGUCCAAAGAAGCAAACUAUCCACACAGCAUACACGAACGGUAAAAAGCAUCCUCACUCAGACUCAGACGAGGGUCUUGGUGGUGAGGAACAUCGUAGAAGUCACGAUUACUACGAUGAAGCGGAUAAGUUUGAGGAGGAGAGCCCCAUUACCCCCAAGUUCAGAAAUCCGGCGUUUAUCAAUGGAUACACAAGUUUCGAGAGGAAGGAGUUUGGCCAGAACGGGUACAUUGAGAGAGGAAGAGGAGACGGAAUGGAUGCUAAACGAAGGGAAAGCCUCACCGAACAGAUCGAGAGCGAUUUUCCUACGAAGCAUCCGACGCAUAAUGGUAGAAGCGACCUAAGUGCCAGAAGGGACCUACUGGAGUCCAGAAUAGCUCGUAGAGUGAACGACAGCGUAAUUCGUACCUCGCCAGUCGCAAACACCGUCUAUAUCACAGAGACUACCUCAAAGUAUUACAGGGAGAGAUCUACUAGUCCAGUUGGGUACUCUAAAAAGUAUUCGCCAGAUCCAAAACCUGAUAGGUACACAAAACCUACAACGACUGAUACGCGAAGCAAGAAGUAUCAUGGUGAAACCUCCCAUAGGUAUGAAUACGACAAUAAUCGAACAAAAACGAAUGGAUAUACUUACAAUGGGUUUGAUAGUGAACCGAAAAGUUUCGAUUCACAAAUAUCCGACUACAGGUCCUCUCCGGAAAACAGACAUUUCGAUGCUAGUCCCAGGUACAACCCAAAAAUCGAGAAAACCCUAUAUAAAGACAGAACGAUGUACAAGUCGACGCCAGAGAUUCAUUUAAGGUCGUACCAAGACCAAAAUCUCAGCGACUCCUACCACGACUCUUUGAGGAGAGAAAAAAUUGAAAACAGAAUCACCAGCUCCUCAAAGUACAGAUCGGAGAGGUUCUUGGAUGAAAGUGAAAGGAAGGAAAAGUUUGUAGAUUCUGGGAUCGAGAACGAUUUCAGGAGGGACUCGGGAGAUAAUUUCCGGGUAACGAGACCUCCAAGGAGGAAGGAACAGUACUGCAAUGAGAGUGAGGAUGAGGGUUUCGCUAGUUCUUUGCUGAUUGCUAGCGAGAAACAGCACACGGAGGAAAAUGGACUACGACUCGGACCGGACUUACUCCCGUGA